AUGAAGAAUGUAGAGGGUUGGAUAAAAGGCCAGUUCUUUCAGGGCGUAUUCAAAUGCAAAGAAGACUCGGAAAAUUAUCCAAAAAAUUAG